ACUGAAAAUCUCAUUUAAUAUUUUUAUGAUACAUUUCAAUUUUUUGUGAUGAUGAUCAUAAUUUGAAAUAAACUGGAUGAAUAGUACACAGGAAAUAAUUGUUUAGACAGAAAAGAAUUAUCUAAGCUCAUUAAUAAAAAUCUUGAAAGGAGGAAGAUUUGGAUGAGCGAAGAACUUAUAGGGGGGAAAUGAGCCUGUGCUGACUGAUUAAUAGGUAUUGUUGGAAUUCUGCUUCUGCUGAUUACUAUGUAUUUUACUGAUAUGGUCUGAGUAAUCUCAUCUAAUUGUAUGGAUAUUACUGCUCUGGGCAGUGAUCUUAUCACUCCAAUGUUGCAAGAGAUCAAUGCUCACUGCCACAUAGGACUGACUACUGGAUAUGAAAUCACUGGGAAUGUUUGGGUCAUCACCCUAUACAACCCCUUCAUGGACUGCUGAAGCUGCCAAAUACGUUAACAGUUGACCCUGUGUUAUGAUGUUAACCCCUCUGCGCCAUUCAUUAUAAUAUAAUAUAUGCUUUUGUUUAGUUAUCGGUAGUGAUUACACUCAAAUUCUGUUUUAAAGACCUGUUUUAUAAUAGUUCUUUUUUAUAUAUUUCUUUCUGGGUUAUCAGUUAUGUUCCUGAUUUCGUAUUCCUUUAUUAUUUCUGCUGUAGUCUUAGAAACCAUUUCAUUGAUUUACCAGCUUUAUGGACAAUCUUAAAUCACUCUGAUGCUUAAGUUAAUGCUCUGUCAUUUAUCUUUUUGUUGACGUGUUUUAGAAACCAUUUGGCUUAUGGAUUGUUACACUCUUCUAUAUAACCACACCCUUUAAAGCAUAUUCUGUCUCCUUUCUUUUGCUAUUCAAUUCUGAUUGCAGGUAUGGAUGGUAAGCACUUGCAUGAUCAUUAAUAUUGCAGUCCACUUUGGCCCUACCUUCAAGAUAUUUACUGAGGUUCAGAAGAAUGUGAUUGCCUAGUGGCUUUAGCCGUUGAUGGUUGGCAAAAGUACAGAACUGUUUGUUGUACGAAUGAUCCCUAUACCCUUCUUGAUGCCACUCUGUGACAACACAGCAGAGUCUCUCCAAUCAUUUUUGCCAUACAGUUCUGUAAUUUGGAGAUCUGAAUAGAUUCUGUAACAACACAGAUCAGCAUCCUGGAGUUUUUGGACAAUCUGUUCAAUAAAACUUAUUUCUGGCUUUUCUUCGCCCAUUUGUUUUUCUGUUGCAAAAGGUGUGCAGGUCUUGGUCAAUAUUUGAAUCAAGAACUUGUAUUCUUCGAUUUCUAAUAAUGGAUAAGCUCUUUACGGCAUGUUAUUGAGUUGGCAUAGAAUAAAUAAAUGGAUUAACC